AUUAUCCCUGUGCUUGCUUUGCUUUUUUUUUUUUUCCCCCCGACUGGUUUGAACUGGCACACGGCGGUCGAUAUAAAAAGGUAACGAGUUGGCCAAAUUCACCCUCCCCCCCCCGCUCCUUUCCUUCUUUUCCUGCGAAUCUUUUAUAUCAAGUUGAUAUAUGAUAUGAUAUAUCUUUGAUGUUGCCCGUCAACCUACCCCGUAGAAAACGGAGUAUGGGAUUGGUGGUGCAGUCAUUUUGCAACCAUGGUCGGGGCUGCGGUCUAUACUCGCUGUUCAUAGACUAAGAAUAUGGAAACAGGACCGAUCGGGUAGUUUUGCAGAUUGUAUCGCGUUUCCGUGUGCUUUCCCUGGUGGUGCGUCUAUCAGAUAUAGACGCCGGAGCCGGAGCCGGAGCUAGAGUUAGUCGUCGAGAAUUCCCAACGAUGGACCCGGACGGGGAGAGUACGAGGUGUUGCGAUGGGGGCAAUCUGGAGAGCGUUGCCGCUAGAACCCUCCUGCAACACUCAGAUUCAACACCGGCGGUAGCCGUGGCUGUCCCCUCCUUGUCAAGUGACAGUGCGUCGUCGGCUGCUGGGUCGUCAAGCUUGUCGUUGGACACGAUGUGGGCAUCAGACAUUGUAGGCCAUGGCAUCCUCGAAGACGACGGUACGGGGGCUCUCGUCGUCCCUCCCAGUCAUCCUCCCCAACAUCACCACCGCCAUCAUCGUCGUCGUCGUCGUCAUCUUCGUCAACGACAGCAUCUUAUUCAUCCCCCCUCUCCGUCAGCGCCACCUCUCAACCAACCCCACAGAUACAUAUGUCUCUUCCACAUCCUAGACUGUCAGGACACAUUCGAUGACGCCGAGGAAUGGAAAACCCAUGUCCUAAGUCACUUCCGAACCCACGAACCCCCAGACACGGCCCGGUGCCCUCUUUGCCCCGGCGAACGGUUCACCAGCACCCCGCACCACCGAGCGUGGGACCUCCUGCUCGAGCACGUCGACGUAGCCCACUAUCAGCAGGGCGAGACUCUAGCAGGGAGUCGACCCGAUUUCGAAUUAAUGCAGUAUCUCUACCGCCUGCGGGUGAUCAGCGUCGACCAGUUCAAGGUAAUGCAGCUUGCGCCGCCGCCGUCGAGCCCGGCAUACCAUCGCUCACAGGAACCUGUUCGCGCGAGUAUCGGCUCUUCGGAUGAGCCGUACUGUGCGCCUUAUAGUCGACGACGAGAGGAAAGAAUGCGCGGGCAGCGCCGGGGUGUCAAUGUUGCUUAAUCGAACCCCUUGCGUGGGCUCUAUCAGUCUCACAACCCUCCAGCAUACAUUAUACAAAACAUGUGCUCCCUGAAACCCAACCCUACCUGUACGGACCAGGAGGUGUGCGGGGUAUUUUACGUAUACCCUUGACAUCAUAUGAUAUCCUGAUAUCCAUCCAUCCCCUAGAAGGGGGCAAGAAGAAGAAGAAGAAGAAGAAGAAGAAACAAAAGAAAGCCUACCGGUUAGGCAAGAUGAGAAACACGAUGUAUGCAUAAUGCAAUUCAACCCGUUCUUCCAUGAUGGUUUUGAUUCUCUUUUCGCUUGACUGCUCGAUUCAACUCUUUAG